UUAUAAUUUGAUCGUUGCUCGCAGUAUAGAAAAUCAGAUAAACGACUGCACAAGACCUGUAUUAUCUGGAUUCCGAAUUCAGGAAUUCCAACGCACCCAAUUUUAACUCCGUUUCGACAUAAAUCACACUCGAAAUAUUUUCUUCACGUUUGGGGGCUUGUUUCGGAGACUCAUAGCCGCAGCACAAGGUCAAGCAGAUUUUGUUCGCUCCAGCAACUUCAUUUUCUCUUUUCAAUUUGAACGACUUUACCGUCAGUUGGCUUCCAUAUUUGAGUACAUUGCAUUAAAAAGGAUAGAAAACGGGUUUGAAACUUGGAGGGCAUUUUAGGUUUUCAUUGCUUCAAAUUUGGCUGCUAGCAGAUUGCAAAAUACAUGAAUUUUAGGGUUUGAAUCUACCUUCAAAUCUUAGGGUUAGACACAAAACGAAUGGGAGGCGAGAGUGAGAGAAGCAGCAGAAAGAAAAGUUCUAGAAAGCGGAGAAGUAAAGGCAAAGAUGCGCAUACGAGCCCUGAUGAUUCGGUUUCUGAAACAGAAGAAGAAACAAAGAGUUCAAAGAAGAAGCGGAGUCACAGGAAAUCUCAUAAGUCAAGAAAGGCUGAUUACAGGUUAGAGGAGAGUUCUGACGAGGAUUCGGACAAUGAGAGGCGCAGAGAGAGGAAAAGGAGAAAUAAGAGGAAAAGAGAAAAACAUGAAAGAAAGGGAAGUAAAAAUGACAGGAAGAGAAAGUAUGCAGAGUCUAGUUCUGGUGAAGAUUCGGGUUCAUCUUCGAAUACUGAUGUGGAUGAGCAGGAUAGGAAUGUUGAUACUGCACAGAAGCUUGUUCAUCACAUUCUCAGGAAAUUUCCUUCUGUCAAGCUAGAAUUGAGACAGCUUUUAAAAAUGAUGGAUGAUGGACAAGCAGUAGACAUCCAAGGAAUCUCUAGCAAAUCUUUGCUAAGGUUUCUGAAGAAACUUUUUCAAUCCUUGAAUCUGAGGAGGACUGGAAAGGGGCUUUAUGUACUGCCUAAAGGUGCUUCUCCCUGUAUGGAAGCUGUGGGUUCCAUCAUUGAGUGCGAUUCUAGCAUUGCACCAGAAAUUCAAUGUACGCUUCAGGAAGAUUAUCUGCAGAUUAAGGAAAAUAAACAAUCUGAUCUUCAAGAGGGUGAAGAAAAAGAUAAUGAUGGAAAUGAUGCCAGCCACGUUGAAGUACCUGAAGCAAAAGCUGAGUCCCCCUUGUCCAACAAACGCAGGAUGAUUGGUCCAGCUAUGCCAUCGGCAGAAAUGUUAGCAGCUGCUGCAAAAUUAACUGAGGCAGAAGCAGCUUUAAGGGAAGCUGAGGAGGAAUUGGAGAAUGAUGUCCUGAUAGGACCCCCUCCUCCAUCUGCUGUUGCUGAAGCAGAAUCAGCAAAUGAUGCAGAGCGCUUUGAAGAGGUGGCAAGGAUCAUUGCUUUGGAUGCAAGUAACCCAUAUGAGAUAUUAGGCUUGAACCGAACCGCACCUGCAGAAAACAUGAAGAAGAGGUAUUGGAAGUUAUCUCUUCUUGUACAUCCAGAUAAGUGCUCUCAUCCUGAAGCACACCAAGCAUUCACAAGAUUGAAUCAGGCUUUCAAAGAUUUGCAAGACCCAACAAAACGAGCUGUGAUUGAUGAUAAGAUAAUACAGAGAGAAGAGAAAGAAGAAUUUGAGGCUGAAAUGAAGGCACGUCGUGAAGCUGCACAAUGGAGGCGUUUACGAGGUGAGACUAUAUCAGGAGAUGAUGAAUUGCUAGGGGACGGUGAUAUUGCACCCAAACGAGACGAAUGGAUGACAGCUCUCCCACCUGAAAGGAAGCCUGGUGUGAGCAUGCAUUCAACUUUCUUUAGCAAGUCUGAGAAAGCUGAAAGAGGAGAUACAAGUAUUUGGACCGAUAAUCCACUGGAGAAAGCUGAGAAAGCAAAGAUGCAUUAUCUUGAGGCAUAUAAACAAGCAGCUCUUACUGCAGGAGAUAAUGGUAUUGAUUGCCUUGAAAAGCAGCGUUCUUCUGCUGCAGCAGAAUUGAUGGAUAAUUACAACAAGUCAAAGCGUUCAUUGUCACUUGUUGAGAAGCACCAGCAAGAAAAGAAGAAAGGAUCCAAGAAAGCUAAACAAUCAGAGAAACAGCAUGAAGAAGAAUGGUCAGGCAAGCAUCCAUGGAAGCCAUGGGAUCGAGAUACUGAUUUGGCUGCUGGACGUCAAGCAGCAAAAUUUGAUGAUAAAACUUCAGUUCAAGGGUUAAGCUCAAGAUUUUCUUCUGGAAACAUAGAGAGGAGUUUCUUGUAACCUCAUCUAUAAUAUUUAGCAAUCCUUCAACAAUUCAUCCAUCCAUAUGUGUCUGACAAUUCUGGUUUAUGUUUGGAUGACAGUUCAGCAAGAUGUUUGAUUUCUAUGCCUUGUAUGAGCAAUAAAGGAACUUGUUGGAUACUAUUAAGAAUAGAAUACACUGCCAGAAAUAUGGUGGGUUCUAGAAUAGUUUACUGUAGUCAAAACAACUUAUUCUAGCUAUUUGUUGAGAUCAUAGAGUGCCUAAUUAAAUAUAUAUGAUAGAUUGUAAGUAUCACAAUUUUGGCCCUUAAAAAUAAUAGGGCCUUUGUUCACAUUAUUCUGUAAUAUAAAUUUGCUCACUUUGGAUAAGAUCAAUAUAUGGGAAACUACUAGUUUCGUUAUAAUUUAAAGAA